AUUUAAUUACAUUACUCUCUCGAUACGCUCCUGUAUUAGCAACUGAUAAAAUGCACGUAUAAAACUUCAUAUCUACAUAAUUAGAAUUACUUUAUUGCUGUACAUUCGACAAUAAAAAUGGCUCCAAAAAUCGAAAAAUUGUGCGGCAAUUUCAAAUUGGGUGAAGCCCCGUUCUGGGACGAAGAAUCCCAAGUGUUGUAUUUCGUUGACAUAAAUGGGUAUACCAUCAACAAGUAUGAUCCUAAAACUAAGAAACACACGAGCGCGCAUGUAGGUAAAAAUGUUUCGGUCAUUAUACCGAUCAAAGGCAGAAAAAAUCAAUUCGUCAUAAGUCUGGAGCGACAGCUGGUCAUCGUAACAUGGGACGGUGUAAGUGACAAACCCUCCAACGUUGAAAAACUGAUACAAGUCGAAGAGGAUAAACCCAAAAAUGUAUUCAACGACGGCAAGUGUGAUCCGUCUGGAAGACUUUGGAUAGGAACAAUGGGUGGACCACCUGUAGUAAUCUCGGAUAUAGAACUGGAAAAGGGAACCCUGUACAGUAUCCAGAAGAAAAAAUUGACCCCACAUGUACCACGCAUUGGUAUUGCCAACGGGUUAGCUUUUAAUACAAUGCUAAGAAAGAUGUAUUACAUAGAUUCCAGAACUGGUACAGUUGAUGAGUUCGAUUUCGAUAUAACAUCAGGACGAUUAUCCAAUCGAAAACCAAUCUUCACAGCCAGCAAGAACGGCUUGGAUGGCAUGGUCUUUGACGGUAUGACAAUUGAUACUGAUGGUAAUCUAUACGUUGCAGUUUGGGGUUCAAAGGUAAUCAAAAUCGACCCCAGAAAACCGGAAACAUUGUUGGAUACCAUUGAAAUGCCGGCAAAAAUCAUCUCUUCAGUAUGUUUUGGAGGAGAAAAUUUGGACGAGCUCUAUGUGACUAGUGGACAAGUUGGCAUCACUGCAGGACCUCAUGAUGGUGCAACGUUUAGGGUCACUGGAUUAAAUGCCAAAGGAUACGCCGAAGUUAAAAUUGAUUUGUAAAAGAUGUAAAUAUUUAUAAAUAAAGCGUUAUAUUUUUUUAAAUAUAAACAACAGA